CUAGCAUUCCACAAACAACCGAGCAGGGCAGGUGCUAAGUAAAGACAUCGCAUACGAGUUAUAACUGACGUUGCUCGACAUAUAUAUGGGACAGUAUGCAGCUUAAGCACAUGAAAGCUUUGCUGCAACCGCAGGAUGGAGCAGCAAAAAUAUGUGCCAUCACAUGGGCAGCUAGUAACCAGAAGAUGGCCGUCUGUACUUCAGACCGUGUGGUGAUACUGUUUGAUGAACAGGGAGAGAAGAAAGACAAAUUCUCACUAAGACCAGCAGAUUCCAAGUAUGGAAAGAAGAGUUACACUGUGAAGGGGCUGGCAUUUUCAUCAGACUCAUCCAAAAUAGCUGUGGGUCAGACAGAUAAUAUCAUAUAUGUAUACAAAAUUGGAGAGGAUUGGGGAGAUAAGAAAACCAUCUGUAACAAAUUUGUACAACAGAGUGCAGUCACCUGUAUGAUCUGGCCAAAUGAGCAACCAAUAGUCUUUGGACUAGCUGAUGGAAAGGUGAGGGCGGCAAACAUCAAAACCAACAAGUCUUCAACAAUCUACGGAACAGACUCCUAUGUCGUCUCUUUGGCACCGAAUCCAUCAGGAAAAGGCUUUCUGUCGGGCCAUGCCGACGGUGCCAUUGUACGCUACUUCUUCGACGACGAGGGUUCUGGUGAUUCCCAGGGUAAGGUCUGCACACAUCCCUGUCCGCCUUAUGCCUUGGCAUUCUCCCAGAAUUCAAUCGUAGCAGCUGGAUGUGACAAGAGAAUUAUUGCAUAUGGAAGAGAUGGUAGAAGUUUCCAACAUUUUGACUUCAGUCGUGAAAAUGAUGAACAUGAAUUUACAACCGCUGUCUGUAGUCCAAGUGGCCAGUCAGUAGUUAUUGGAAGUUUUGACAAACUAAGAACUUUAAACUGGAGUCCACGGCGACAGAUGUGGGAUGAACCGAAGUUGAAGGAAAUCAGAAACCUGUACACUGUUACAGCCCUGGCAUGGAAGAAGGACGGAUCACGAGUCACAUGUGGAACUUUAUGUGGAGGUGUUGAAAUCUUCGACUGCUGUCUCAAGAGAACGAUUUACAAAAACAAGUUUGAGAUGACCCAUGUUGGGCUGAGUCAGGUGAUCGUGAAAAACAUGUCCAAUCAGAGCCGAGUAGUACUCAAGUCUCACUACGGCUACGAAAUUGAUGAGGUCAGAAUCAUGGGCAAAGAUCGCUACUUGAUAGCACACACAUCUGACACCAUUCUUCUGGGAGACCUCACAUCAAACAAACUUAGUGAGAUUCCUUGGCAUGGUACAGGAGGAAAUGAAAAAUACUACUUUGACAAUGAAAGUGUUUGCAUGAUUUUCAAUGCUGGUGAGCUGUCUCUGAUUGAGUAUGGCGCCAAUGAAGUUCUGGGAUCUGUCAGGACAGAGUUCAUGAACCCUCACCUCAUCAGUGUGAGGUUAAAUGAGAGGAAACAAAGAGGAGUGGAGGAAAACAAAAAGAUUGCCUACCUCCUGGAUCUCAAGACAGUGGCCAUCGUCGACUUGAUAUCUGGUUUGACCUUGGGCCAAGUUAACCAUGAGUCCAAAGUCGAUUGGUUGGAGCUGAACGAGACUGGACGUAAGAUGCUGUUCAGGGACAAGCGAAUGAGGCUCAACUUAUAUGACAUUGAGACGAAACAAAGGACUACCAUCCUCAACUACUGUUCAUACGUACAGUGGGUGCCAGGCAGUGACGUAGUUGUGGGACAAAACCGCACUAACUUAUGUGUCUGGUACAACAUUGACGCACCAGAACGUGUCACCAUGUUCCCACUCAAGGGUGACAUUGUGGACCUGGAGAGGACAGAUGGUAAGACAGAUGUGGUGGUCAAUGAGGGGGUGACCACUAUCUCCUACACACUGGACGAGGGGCUGAUUGAGUUCGGCACAGCCAUUGACGAUGGCGAUUUUGAAAGGGCUGUGUCUUUCCUAGAAACCCUUGAGAUGUCUGCAGAGACUGAGGCCAUGUGGAAAACACUGAGCAAACUUUCUAUGGAAGAUCGUCGACUACACAUAGCAGAGAGAUGUUACUCUGCUCUGGGAGAUAUAGCCAAAGCUCGGUACAUGAAGGAAACAUUUAGGAUAGCAGAGGAGAUCGCACAGUCCACUGGUGGGGAUGGAUUCAGUAACUACAGAGUUCGGGCAAGGUUCUCCAUCAUGGAGAAGAGGUACAAAGAAGCAGAAGGUAUCUACUUGGAACAGAACCAUGUUGACGAGGCCAUGGAGAUGUAUCAGGAAAUGCAUAUGUGGGACGAGGCUAUAGAGGUGGCAGAGGCCAAGAACCACCCAGAGCUGGAUAACCUGAAAAGGAGCUAUUAUGGCUGGCUGAUGGAGACUGGACAAGAGGAGAAAGCAGGCGAGGUUAAAGAACAAGAGGAGGACUACAUGGCUGCCAUUAACAUGUACAUGAAGGCGGGACUACCAGCCAGAGCUGCCCGACUCGCCACAAGUCGCGAUGAGCUGAUGUCAAAUGCAGAUCUCAUCAGCAGAAUUGCAUCAGAGUUAAUCAAGGGAGAAUUAUUUGAAAGGGCUGGAGACAUGUAUGAAAAGAUACACGACCAACAGAGAGCUAUGGACUGCUUCAAAAAGGGAAGAGCUUAUCACAGAGCUGUAAAACUGGCUCGGAGUUCAUACCCGAGCGAAGUGGUGAAGCUGGAGGAGGAUUGGGGAGACUAUCUGGUCCAGCAGAAACAAUUAGAUAAUGCCAUCAGCCACUUUAUAGAGGCUGGGGCAACAAAGAAGGCUGUGGAAGCAGCUAUUAACUCGAGACAAUGGGCCAAGGCUGUACAGAUUCUGGAGCUCCAGGACCCCUCCAUGUCUGCCAAGUACUACAAGAAAAUAGCUGACCACUAUGCCUCAGUCGGCGAGCUUGAGACGGCUGAGCGAUACUAUGUGGAGUCUGGCUGUACUAGAGAGGCAGUUGACAUGUACAACAAUGCUGGCAGAUGGGAAAUGGCUCAUAAACUGGCAUCAGGUUAUAUGAAGGCGGAUGACGUGGCCACAUUGUACAUCUCGCAGGCACGACAGCUCGAGGACCAGGGCAAGUUCAAAGAGGCAGAGAAAUUGUAUGUAGCUGUCCAAGAGCCUGAUAUGGCCAUCACGAUGUACAAGAAGAACAAGAUGUAUGGUGAUAUGAUUAAGUUGGUGAAGACUCAUCAUCCAGAUCUGGUCCAGGACACACACCUCCACCUCGCCAAGGAACUGGAGGCAGAGAAUAAUCUGCGACAGGCAGAGCAUCACUAUCUGGAGGCUGACACGUGGAAGGCCGCUGUUAACAUGUACCGAGAUCAGGAUAUGUGGGACGAGGCUCACAGGGUGGCAAAGAAUGCUGGCGGCGCAACUGCUGCCAAACAAGUUGCCUAUCUGUGGGCGAGAAGUCUAGGUGGAGACUCCGCUGUCAAGCUCCUCAACAAGUUUGGUCUACUGGAGGCAGCUAUUGACUAUGCUGCAGAAAAUUGUGCAUUUGAUUUUGCUUUUGAGCUGGCACGUUUAGCCAACAAGAACAAGCUGCCAGAUAUUCAUCUAAAACAUGCAAUGUAUUUAGAAGACGAAGGGCGAUUUGCAGAUGCUGAACGCGAGUUCAUUCAAGCCCAGAAACCAAAAGAGGCUGUUCUUAUGUAUGUACACAAUCAGGACUGGGACUCCGCCCAGCGUGUGGCCGAGUCACAUGACUCUGACUCUGUAGCCGAUGUCCUGGUGGGACAGGCAAGGUUUGCAUUUGAGGAAAAAGAUUUCACAAGGGCCGAGUCCUACUUACUACGCGCACAGAGACCGGAGCUCGCAGUCAAGUACUACAAGGAUUCGGGUAUGUGGCAGGACGCCCUGCGGGUGUGUAAGGAGUAUGUACCUCACAAGUUACAGGCACUUCAGGAUGAAUAUGACCACGAGAUGACCGACAAAUCUACAAAAGGUGCAGAGUCCAUGGUACAACAGGCACGUGAGUGGGAAUCAUCGGGAGAGUACGCCAGGGCCAUAGAAUGCUACCUCAAGGUCACUCCACAGCUCAUCAGUGACUUGAAUGUAGUGGAAAAAUGCUGGCUCAAGGCUGGUGAACUUGCCAUCAAAUUCCUGGGACAGAGUAAAGCUCAGACUGUGGUUGAGAUUGUGGCACCAAAGUUAGCCGAGAUGAGAAAGCACGGCAAGGCGGCCGAACUUUACCUCAGUGCUGACCUGAUUAAGGAGGCUAUAGACAUGUUCAUAUCUGGGGAGGACUGGAACAAAGCCAAGAAAGUGGCGAAGGAGUUGGAACCAAGACUGGAGGCCUACGUGGACGAACGCUAUAAAGACCAUUUAAAAAACGAAGGAAAGGCAGAGGCUUUGGCUAGUGUUGACGUGGUGGGGGCGCUGGAUAUGUAUGCUGGCAAGGGUGAAUGGGAGAAGUGUCUACAAACAGCAGAACAACAGAAUCCAAAGGUGCUACACAAAUAUGCUGCCCUGUAUGCCACUGAGCUCAUUAAGGGAGGAGACAGUCGCAGGGCUAUGGAGAUUUAUGUCAAGUAUGGUGCACCCGCUAAUGCCCAGAAUUUCAACAUAUACAAGCGUAUCUUUACUGAUAUAGUAAACACACGUGACUUGAAUCGACCAGAAGCCUACAAAAUCUGGGCGGAUCUGAGGGAUGUCUUCUAUGACUUGUGUGAGAACAUGGGCAAGUCACAGGACAGUAAUUCCCCACAACAUGAGGAGUUUGAAUGGAUGUUACUUAUCUCUCAUUAUUAUGCGGCGCGGUCUGUAGCCAUGGCCCACAAGUCCCUGGACAGUGUGGCCACCAAGCUGUCCGUAUCACUGCUCCGCCACACAGACAUCAUACCUGCUGACAAGGCCUUCUACGAAGCUGGCAUGAUGUGUCGGGCCACUAAUCAAGAGAACAUGGCCUUUGUGUUCUUGAACAGAUUCCUUGAUAUCUCAGAGGCUAUAGAAGAAGGAUCAUUAGAUAUGCUGGACCAUAGUGAUUUCCAGGACACAGACAUUCCAUUUGAAAUACCACUACCAGAGAAAGCUCACCUCACAAGCCAACAACAUGAGGAUAUCAGAGAGUGGGUGUUAGCCGUGUCCAUGGACCAGAAAGUGGAACAGGUGCUUCCCCGCGAUGAGAGGAAUGUGUAUGAGGCGUCACUCAUGGCCCCUGAGACCGGAAUCCGCUCCCUUCCUUGUGUCAUCACAGGUUACCCUGUAUUGAGGAACCAACUUGACUUCAAACAAGCAGGCAAGGUUGCAAACAAAGAUGACUGGAAUAAGUUUUUAAUGGCUACUAAGGUUUCCCACAGUGCUGAGCUUCAAGAUGUCCUGAAGUUUAUUGGAGUCUGGUGCGGAGCGACGCCCAAUCCGACCUACUCCUUCCAGUAAUCAACUCGCUACCCUGAUCUGAACUUUUCCACCACCAGCAGUCUUAUCAUCUGUCGUUUCUCUCACCGGAUCACACCUUUGUCUGUACUUAUGAAGUGUUAUUUCUUUACAAGAAGACUUCUCUACUAAACUAUCUAGGUGUUUUGCCGUACAGACCCAACGAAGUAUCAUUUCUUUAUCAGAAAACUUCUCCAUUGAACUGUCCAGGUGUUUUGCUGUACAGAUACUACAAAGUAUCAUUUCUUUAUCAGAAAACUUCUCCAUUGAACUGUCCAGGUGCUUUGUAGGAGACACAAAUUAUAUCCCAACCAUAAAAAAAAAUGUCUCGUCUUUAUCAGAAGACUUAUCUAUUGAACCAUCCAUGUGUUUUGUCGGCCAGAUAAUACAGCUGUUUCCACCAUUAAAGGUCUCUUUUCUCUCCAUGUAGAAUUCUCUACUGAAAUAUGUUGCAGGUGUUGAUCCCCUCAAAAUAAGGUCAUGGUGGAUAUGAAUUAUUCUGUUUGUGUGUAUGACAUGUUUACAUAUGGUUGUCACUAUUUUCGAGGAAGAUUUUGAUUAAACUUCAUGAAAUGAUCAAGCAUGAGACUAUACCUAGAACGAGUGUGUGUUCCAGGGCGUUAGGGCCAAUGUCAAGGUCACUAUUACUAUUCAUAGAAAAUUAUUAUCUUUACUUGAGUGACUUCAUUCAGAAAGAAAUUUGAUACAAAUUUGAUCCAAUGGUCAGGUAGAAGAGUGCGUAGAACGAGUUUGUGUUCCAGGGUGUAAUGAUGUCACUGUCUACUGUUUUUGUGUCUAUUAGUGAAAAAAAGAAAUUCAUUAUCAAAGAAUGAAGUUGCUAGAGUGAGAUGUAACCAAGGACAGAUGACUAGAUAUAAGCUAUAAGCUCUCUUACAGACUUUGGUGACACUAGGGCAUUUAUACAACUAGACACUAGACAAUACCUCUGUCUUUAUCCCAAGUCAAUUGUCCUCGUUGAUUGAAAAACUUUCAUCAAGUUGAUGAUAUCAGGGUUUUUUCAGUGAACAUGUUUUGGAAAUAUUUCUCAUUUCUUAACUUCCUGAAAUGAGCGAAUCAUUUCAUGACUUCCUGAAAUGAGCAAAGACUUAUAAUUACACAUGUAUCCUAGUAAGCAAUGACAACAGAACGUGUAGGAAGGACAGGUGGAUGUUUGAUUAUAACCAAAUGUUGAAUCUCUGCAGUAUUUAUACUACUAGGAGAUCCCCAAGUAUUUCAUUUACAUUUCUGCUACUGCAUCAUAACUUCUGUGAUAACUGAAAUAUGUCUGAGUGAAAAAAAUGAUGUAUAUCUUAUUCCGUCCACAUAUAAAAAUUCAAGAUGUUGUGCAUUAUUUUUUUCUUAUUAGUGAAGAUCUUUGUACUUUUAGUACAAGGAUGUGAUUUGUCUGAUUAUUCAGUAAAUCUAGUUUUAAGAACAUAGUGUCUGAAGCGUUAUAUGCUUUGUCAAUUCAAUCUUUUUGAUGUUAGUAUUUAUUGCAAUUUAUUUUAAAAUAAAAUUUGAUCUAACGCAAAAA